GUGCGGUCUUCCCGUGCCUCCACCGCCAGUUCCGCUCUGGAGUAUUUCUGCGGCACCAUGCAGGCGGCGGGUACCGGAGCAGCUGAUACCGACGCUACUGUAAACAGUAGCAGCAGCACCCCCGACGUCGACGACGGCGACAGGGCAGCGGAGAGGAUGGAGAGGACGGUGCCAACCGAGGAGGACAGGACCAGCAGCCCGCAGCAAAUAUCUUCACCUCCGUCUGGUGUGCUCGAUAAAUUGUUUGGGAAACGCCUUCUGCAGGCCAGACACUACAUUAUGUCUCGUAAGUCCUGGCUGAAGAUGGUGCCCACCGACAACUGUGAUAUCCUGAUGACAUUCCCAGAUACGAUAGAUGAUCACACGUUGCUAUGGCUCCUGAAUCAGAUCCGUGUUGGAAUCCCACAAGUCACCAUUCAGGUUCGACAGCAUAAACACACACAGGGGCACGCCUUCUUCAUCACCACGACUUUUGAGAACUUACUGCAGGGAGCAGAACAGAUGGGCAUGCACAAAGCUGUCAAACCACAGUUUGGUGGUGGGACGCGUCGGUUUUCCUGUGAGGAGGACAACAUCUAUGAGAACAUAGAGAGCGAGCUCUGCUUUUUCACCUCACAGGAGCGUCAGAGCAUCAUCAAGUACUGGCUGGACAACUUGCGAGCCAAGCAGGGGGAGGUGCUUCACAACAUUCACUUCCUGGAGGGACAGCCAAUCAUACCAGAGCUGGUGGCCAGAGGAGUGAUCCAUCAGAUGUUUCCUCUCCAUGAGCAGAGGAUCCUCAGUCAGCUGAUGACAUCUUGGGUCCAGGCUGUCUGUGAGAGGCAGCCUCUGGAUGAUAUCUGCGACUACUUUGGAGUCAAGAUCGCCAUGUAUUUUGCCUGGCUGGGUUUCUACACCAACUCCAUGCUUUAUCCUGCUGUCAUUGGCUUUCUCCUUUGGAUACUAGCAGAGGCUGACCAGACCAGUCAGGAUAUCUGCUGUGUGGUGUUUGCCCUCUUCAAUGUUGUGUGGGCAACGCUGUUUCUGGAGCGCUGGAAAAGACGGGAGGCGGAGCUGGCCUACAAGUGGGGCACCCUGGACACCCCCGCUGAGUCUUUGGAGGAGCCCAGGCCACAGUUCAGGGGAGUGAAGCGAUGCAGUCCCAUAACGGGCUGUGAGGAGUUCUACUACCCUCCCUGGAAGAGGGCUAUGUUCAGAUGGUUGGUCAGCCUGCCCAUCUGUCUCCUCUGUCUCUGUUUUGUCUUCCUGGCUAUGCUCCUCUGUCUGGAACUGCAGGAAGUGGUGAUGGAGAUCCAGGAGCUACCUGGCAUUACAAGAUUUAUUCCUAAGAUAGUUUUGGCCAUUACUGUGACCAUAUGUGAUGAAGUGUACAAGAAGAUUGCCUACUGGCUCAAUGACAUGGAGAACUACAGACUUCAGAGUGCCUAUGAGAAUAAUCUCAUCAUCAAGAUGGUUUUUUUUGAAUUCAUCAAUUCUUACCUUAGCCUUUUCUACAUUGGAUUCUACCUCAAGGACAUGGAGCGACUAAAGGAGAUGCUAGCCACUCUACUGAUCUUCCGCCAGUUCCUGCAAAACAUCAAAGAGGUCCUCCAGCCUUAUCUGUAUGAGCAAAACAAGCUGGGUGUCUUCACCCCCAGGGUGCUGUGGGAACUGCUCCAAGCCAUCGUGCUCAAAUAUGGCCGCCUAGCUCUAGGAAAGGCUCAAGCCUCAAUGACAGCCUAUUCUCUCUUGGGGCCCAAGGGUCUCCCUGUCAGUCACCCUGCUAAUGGCAACCCAGAGCCAAAGAAGAGAGGGGAUCUGAAGGCUGGAUUUAGGCUGACCGAGGAAGAGUGGGACAUGAAUGACAGUACACUGCGGCAACGGAAAGUCAGCUUCACUGAGAAGGUCGACUACCAGGAUGUCACCACAGACACACAGGCAGUGGAUGACAGCUUCCUUGAGGACAGUCCCACGCUGGUAGAGGAGGGGAUGGACCCAUCCAGUAUUUUCGACAGCUGUGACGAUGACAGCGAUUGUGAAACACUGGCUCAAGAGACCAAGGAGAAUACCACUGUGUCCCCUCCGAAUGAAUAUGACUCUGUGUGUCAGAGAAGAAAGAGUGCAGGUGAGGGGAAAGAGGACAAGAGGUCAUGGAUGGAUCCACCAGAGGAACCCAAGACUGUCACUCUGACCCAGGCAGAGAUUGAGAGUUGCAUGCAGACAUAUGAGGACACACUUCAGGACUACCAGGAGAUGUUCAUCCAAUUUGGCUACGUGGUGCUUUUCUCCUCUGCGUUCCCUCUGGCGGCCAUGUGUGCUCUUAUCAACAAUAUCAUCGAAAUCCGCAGCGAUGCCCUGAAGCUCUGCACUGGCCUGCAGAGGCCCUUUGGACAGAGGGUAGAGAGCAUUGGACAGUGGCAGACUGCGAUGGAAGCCAUGGGCCUGAUAGCCAUCAUAGUUAACUGUUACCUGAUUGGUCAGUGUGGCCAGCUGCAGCGGCUUUUCCCCUGGUUAAGUCCUGAGAUGACUAUCAUCUCCAUCGUCUUGCUGGAGCACUUUGCAAUCCUCCUAAAGUACAUCAUCCAUGUUGCCAUUCCUGAUAUCCCUGGCUGGGUAGCAGAGGAGAUGGCCAAGCUAGAGUACCGACGAAGGGAAGCUUUCAAGAAGCACGAGAGGCAAGCACAGCAGCACUUCCAGCAGCAGCUGAGGCGCCGUCGCGAAGAGGAGGAGCUUCAGCGUCAGGCUGAGCUGCAGGCCGAAGCUCGCCAGGAGAGCGAGUACCACAAGGCGGAUACCCAGCACCAGCACCACCAUGACAAAACACCGGGUGCCAAGCCAGGGGACAAACCCAAAAGACCCAGCUCUCUGCUGGGCAACAACAAUGUGAUGAAGCUAAAGCAGAUCAUCCCCCUCCAGGGGAAAUUCUCUUCGGGCACAUCGCGCUCUCCCGCUCAGUCCCCAACAGGAGGCGAGGCGAAACUUCCUGGAUUUCUUAAUUUUAAGUUCCUGAAGUCGCCUGAAGUGAAAAAGGAGCCGGCAGUGGCGGUUGGAGCGACCCCAGGGUCAACAGUGACUUCCUCUGCUGCCCCCGGUGGCCAGGAGAGGUCACAGUCCCCCAACAGGACAUUCAGUCCUGGGAAGCUGUUCAGUUUCAGCAAGUCAGAGGGGACUGUGGUUUGUGCAAAUGGAACACAGCCAUCCAGACAGAGCGAUCCUUCCUCGCAGGCGUCCAACACCCAGCCCAACAGAGCUGACCUGAACACAACCCCCGAGGAAUUACCCUCCAGCGAGUUGGACAAGGGAGAAACAAGACAAUCACCUGAUUUAGAUAACUCUGGCUCUAAGAGUUAAUGAAUCAUCAACCAUGCCAAUGUAAUAUUACGGAGGAGUGCAAUGUACAAACGCUCAGGCAACAUUCUGAGACAGUGAUGCACCUGUACUGUAGGACAAACCAUGUUAGUCGCAAGGACCACAUGUAAGGUCAGCGAGUGCUAGACUUUCACUCUUGAUGCAAACUACUUCGCACAAAGCAUUAGGCUAUACUGUAUCUAUUAUCACUUGAUUAUAUAGCUUCCAUGUAAAAUAUGUACAGUAAGUGUAACUCCCUGAAUGAGGUCUGAGCAACCUUUACUGAAGGUUGAAGUACUGCAUGACUUAUGGCUCGCACCUGGUUUACAACAGCAUCUUGGCACGAAAAAAAAGAUGAUCAUAUGUGGAGGAUGUUUUUGUGAAACCAGGCUCUGAUCAUCAAAGAGCCCUUUUUAUCCAAGGAUCUGAAUAGCAGUUUACCCAUUCCAGGUUUGUUUCUCAUUUUGAUGCCUGUCUCGGAUGCAUGUCGAAUCAUCUGCAUGCAUUACUUGUCCAUGUCUUUUCAGUUGUCAAGCACUUUCAGAGCCAUUGUGUUCUCUUCUGCAAUAGCUCAGAUUAUAUUCACUGUGACUGUGAAAAAUUAUAUUCUAUUUUUCUUAACUUUGAUUUUCUAUGAAUUAUUUUAUUACAUAAAUUAGUGAAUGUACCUCAAUGAUGCAAAUAAAUCUCACUUGAAUAAACAUCCAUCAUUAAACAAUGUAAAUAUUGGUCCAUUUUUGUUAAUGGCAAAUCAAAAUCAAUUGAUCAUAAAAACACAUUGCUAACACACAUC